AUGGAGGAUGACCAUGCGAGCCCUGCAAGUACCUCGAUCCCGUCAAUCGUCCUGAUCGGUUUACCAGGAUGUGGCAAGAGGAUAUUGGCAUUCAUUGGAGCUCUUCACCUGGGAAAGAGACUUGUCACGGCAGAGCGAUUCUUUGAGAUCGCCACCGGCUUGUCGCGAAAUGAAUUCCUCCGGAGGAAUGGCAAAGCCGUGCUCAAAAAACAAACCAUCUCCCUCGUUUUGAGGAUGCUGCGCGAAAAUGAAAAUGAUUGCAUUAUUGAAUGUGGACUCAGCACAUUCAAUCCGGAAGUGCAAGACUUUCUCGUGAACUACAAAGAAACCCACCCGGUGAUUCACAUUAUGCGCGAUCACCAUGAAAACAAGACUCUUUUGCAGAUGGGAGAUGCGGAUACAGAAAGACUCCAGGAAUUCGAUAGUCUACACAUCCCUUGCGCAAGCUUCCAAUAUUUCAACCUGACUGAUUCUGGUUCUACAGCUGAGGUGACCGCAACCGGGACUGCUUUUGCGGCUCAUCACCUGAAGGAGACAAAAACGGACUUUUGUCAUUUCUUGGACCUUCUCGCAGGAACAAAGGUCAACCAGCAGCUGGAAGACCCAAAUGAGUUCCAAAUUACGUCUAGCGCUAUUGAGAAACGCCAGUUCACCUAUGCUCUUGUUGUGAACUUCUCGGAACUCGUCGCUGGGCAUUUCAACCCUGCCUGGUUCGAAUCUGGUGCCGAUGCUAUUCAAUUGGUAAUCGACGCUAAUGAUGACAUCUCAACGGAGGCUAUCAGCAAGCAGAUCGCCAUUAUACGGCGAUCGACCAAGAUACCAAUCGUCUAUGAGGUUGAAUGUGCAGUAUUCGAGCGCAAUGCUACCACCGGGAUGGAACCCCAACUUUUGAGACUCCUGUCUGAUGGGUUGAAUAAUUGUGUUGAAUAUCUGGCUUUGGACAUCAGCCAAAUCCCAUCUGAACUCUGUCUUGGUAUCCUCUCUCGGAAAAGGCGCACAAAGGUCAUUGGGUGUUCGCAUAACACAGCCCACCAGGACUUAUGUGACAUGUAUCGGAAGGCCAAGGCGAUGGGGUGUGACCUUGUAAGAUUGACCGAGGAUUCGAUGGGGCAGGAUGACGAGCGGCUACAGUUGGUUACGGGCACAUUCCCCCGGGAUGCGGUGGCUAAGUGUCCCCUGAUCUCCUACUCUACGGGAUCAAUGGGGCGCCGAUCACAGAUUUUUAACCGAAUUCUGACUCCCGUUUGGCCUGUGGAAUCGGUUCGAGAUACAGAGGAGCAUUUUAUCACCGCAAAGAAAGCAAUGGAAGGGCUUUUUGCAACUUGUGUCUUUGACUCACUCAAAUUUUAUCAUUUCGGUGCCUCGGUAUCAUGGAGUCCAUAUCCACCCGCCAUGCACAGAGCGGCUUAUCAAGAACUUGGUUUGGGGCACUCAUAUCAAGCUUUUGAAACGACAUCUGUUUCUGAAAUUGACUGUGUAGCCUCCUCUUCCAACUUCGGCGGUGCCAGCAUCAGUCUGCCCUUCAAGUCUGCAAUCGGCUUCUCGAAAAGGGAUGUGAGAAGCCCCCAUGCCACUGCAAUUGGCGCCAUCAAUACCCUACUUCCAUUGAGAAAAUCAUCCCAAUUUGGCACGUCGCUUGGAUGGCAGGCAUCUCAACGAAAUCGAGCCGGGGAUGUGACGGGCUGGUACGGCGACAACACAGACUGGCUGGGGAUCUCAGAUUGUGUCAGCAAAUGCUUGUCUCCCAGAAAUACCAUCAGAUCUUCCACAACAACAGCGCUAGUCAUUGGAGCUGGGGGAGCCGCCAGAGCCGCCAUUUAUGCAUUGAUCCAAAUGGGAUGUCGGAACAUAUUGAUAUUCAAUCGCACUGUUCGGCACGCGGAGACGGUGGCCGCCCACUUUAACUCUUGGAUGAAACAAACGGCCCACAACAUUCCUGGCAAUAUCAGCGUGAUCCGAUCCACUUCCGACCCCUGGCCGGUCAAUCUCCACCCGGCUACAAUAAUUAUAUCAUGCGUCCCGGCGCACAGCAUAGACGGCCAACGUCCAGCGAACCUAACACUGCCAAUCGAAUGGCUUUCUAGCAAGUCUGGAGGAGUGGUAGCUGAAGUGAGUACACUCCGAUCACCCAAACUUCUAGGACAGGAGCUCCAUCUUUCUAACGAAUCUAAGCUUGCAUAUCGCCCCCGAGAAACACCUCUUUUGAAACAGGUCCGAGUUAUGCGAUCGAAGUACAAUGUUCCCUGGGUCACAGUGGAUGGGCUGGAAAUGCUUCUGACACAAGCAAUAUACCAAUUUGAGUUGAUGACGGGGAGAAAGGCACCUCGAGGUGUGAUGAAGAGUCAAAUACAUGAUCACUAUGACACCCUUUUGUGA